CUGCAAUCCUGGCACUCUGCUGGUGACUUUGGUUCAUGCGGCAUAUGAGCUGAAAUUUCAGAAGGCAUCCAUCCCCAUGAUAAAAGUCAGUAAAACCCAGGCCUUUCCACAGCCACACAUAAAACCACAAAAGGCCGGCGAGGCGAACUCAACGGGUACGCAAAGCGAAGAGGAGAAAAAUAAUCUCCCCACUCCGCCGUCUUCCUCCUCCCUCCCCUCCCCUCCUCCGCUCGCCACCGCCCUCCGCCCCCCAUGUGGCCGUCCUGGGUGAGGACGCGCUCCUCCAAGUCCAAGCCCGCCGCCGCCGCCGCCGACACCACCUCCACCGCGCUCGUCGCCGCCUCCAAGCGCUUAACCUUCUCGUCUCCCUCCCUCAAGGACCUCCAGUCCCUGCUCGUCCCGCCGCACGCCGCGCUGUCCUCCUCCUCCCCGUCGCCGCCGCGCGUCUUCCACCGCAUCCGCGUCGCCGCGUGCGCGCUGCGCGUCCUCCGCAACCUCCAGUCCGCGGGGCAGCAGCAGCAGCCGCACGCGGCGGCCGCCAUCUGGAGCGAGCCGGGCGGCGGCGAGGGGGCACGGGUGGUGCUCUACUACACCUCGCUCCGCGUCGUCCGCGGCACCUACGAGGACUGCCGCGCCGUGCGCGCCAUCCUGCGGGGGCUCCGCGCCGCAGUCGACGAGCGGGACCUCUCCAUGGACCCGGCCUUCCUCCCGGAGCUCGCCGCGCUCCUCCCCCACCGCCGCCACGUGGCCCUCCCCCAGGUGUUCGUCAACGGCCGCCACCUCGGCGGCGCCGAGGAGGUCCGCCGCCUCCACGAGUCCGGCGAGCUCCGCCGCAUCGUCGCGGCCGCGAACCCCACCCCGGCCUCCUGCGGGCGCUGCGCCGGCGAGCGCUACGUGCUGUGCGGCAGCUGCGACGGGAGCCACAAGCGGUACAGCCACAAGGUCGGCGGCGGAUUCCGCGCCUGCGCCAUGUGCAACGAGAACGGCCUCGUCCGGUGCCCGGACUGCUGCCUCCCGCCCGCCUGAUCCAGAUCCAAGAUCCGUGUGGCCAUGGCUCCCCUCCAAACAACUCAUCAACUCAUUUCAACUUCAAACUUUCUUCUCAUCAACCAUGGGAGAGGGAGAUCAUCCAUUCAUCCGUGUGUCCGUGUUCUGUCAAUUACUCUAGCAUUAGUCAUUUACUCAUUAGUGAUUAGUGAGUAGUAGAGUAACCUGUUACUCCUUAGUCAGUUACAGAUGAGGCUGUGGAGUGGAGUUCAAUUUAGCUGUCCUCCAGCCUUGGAAUUACAACUUGAUUUUAGAAGAGAUUAAUCUUUCAGUUUCUGCUCUUGGUUAAUCAUCAACCUUGCAGCCAUUAUUAUAUCAUAGUUUUGAUACCCCAGUUUAUACUUUAUACAUCUGGUUAUCUGACUCCGGAUGUAGGAGUAAUACUAUAUUUCAAUUUUCAAGCCUUCUUAAUAAUUUCACAAGGCAUGGGAUCCCUGCCCUCCCCUGCAUCCGGAGCCGGCGCCAUUGGAUAUGGCACGCUCUACGCAUGGAUCCAAAGUGCGCCAGUGCAGAGGUGGCGUGAGGAGGAGCCCGCGUGCCCCGGUGCGUGUCAAUUGCUCUAUCACCGGCUUUGUUUAGACUUCAUGUCAUUUUGGCGUUACAUCAUCAACUUGUGCGAUCUGCGUGCGAGACAGACUGCGACUGUUCGGUUCGGUAGCGUGUCGGCCAACCACGCUACGCCACGCCACGCGCGGAACCACGCGGCGGCAUGCGCGGUGCGACGGGGCGCACGGUCAGAGCGAGUUGAGUUUUGGCUGGCCCCGGCCGUGGCCGCGCGCGCGUGCGUGCCGGGUAAAAAAAUCGUUGGGAGUUGCUACGCGCGGUCGGUGGUAUCGGCAUCUCCGAGAGUCCGAGACCGACCGAGGCGAGAGAGAUCGGCUGCUUUGCCUGUGUUGGGUUGGAUCGCCACCGCCACGGCUCGAUCCUGGAUUUUCGGCAGGCUUCGGCAAGUUCGCAACCGAGCAGCGCGGUGGUGGUGAAAACGCUGGCGACUGAUGAAGUGGUGAGUUGAGUGAUGAUGACUGGGGAGGAGCUAGGCGGAGGCGGUUUCUUCCGUUGAUUAUUGGAGUAUUGAUCACGUGAGAGAAAGCAGAGAGCACUGGCUGAUUCUGCUGAAUGACUAGUGUCCAGCUCUGCUCUUUUUCGCUUUUCCUGCCUGAUGUCUCCCGAUGUGGAUCAUCUCAUCGUGCGAUGGCAUUGCUUGGCUAGAUCCCGUUGGUAUCAGGGCAGUAGCAGUGCAAGCACCUCGUAUGCCACGUAGUAUAGAUACACAACGAAUCCACACAUCUCACAGUGCACGUUACUACAUAAAAUCCUCAAACCAACCACCAACCCAUUCUCUCUCCCACUUUUCCCUUUCUCUCUCUCACAUUCCUCUUUCUCUUCACAGGAGUGGAGUACGCGGUGGUGGUGGUUGCCGUCGUCGACACCUACGCGGCGUCGUCGUCGCCCGCGUGGUCGCCAACGACGUGGCGUCGUCAUCACCCGCGGCAGCGUGCGCCGUCCCCGCUAGCCCGACUCUCCCUCUUCCCGGCACGCCGCUUGCCCCAACGCCGAGCGGCAGCAGCGUCCUUGGGGCCUGGUGAAGAAGCAGCGGUGGGAAGGCGGCGGCGGCAGCGUGGAUCUGGAGCGUCCUCGCCUAGCCCUCCUCACCGACGACGGAGGUCCUCGAGACGGCGACGCUACUUCGUCCUCUGAAGGAGGCGGCGGAGGUCCUCGAGACAGUGACGCGGCGGCUCGGCCGACGACGGCAACCUCGGCGGUUGCCUCGUCGUCCUCCACGGAUCUAGAGCAGUGGCGCGGCGUCCUCGGGCUUGUCUCCGGCCGGCGCGGUGUACAUAGCAAUCUCGAGCGGCACGGUGGCCGAGGCGGCGGCUUCCUCAGGGCCGAGCGGCAGUGGGAGCAAGAUGCCGAGCGAGGGAACGACCUCCACAGCACAAGGAACGGCAACACGCGCCCUCGUUUUUGAUGAGAUAACUCGUCGUCCAGAUGGGGGACAAGCAACCAAACAGAGCUCCAUGCUCUAGUGCCACACACGCACAAAUCCGAGCUAGCAACACGAGGUAACGCUCCACGUCCCGCACUGUGAAAGGCCUUAGGGCGACUCUCAUAUGAGGAGCCCCAGGUGCCACGUAGACUUAGGCUACGUAUCUAAAAUCUAAAUUCUUCACAGUGUAAGUGACUCGAGAAGUGGCUUUAAUUUUAUAUUUUAGUCCCUAGCACUUUUUGUUUUAGUUCUCAUAUUUUUUUUAAUUUACGUGGAGGUCUAAAAUUGACACACAACACCAUAGGAUCCAGAAAAUAAUAUAAAAUCCCCCUCCCCCUCUCUCCCUUAUCCUAACGCCGCUCCCUCUCCUCUCCUAUCCUCUCCUCACACCGGCGACCGGCAACCCGGCAGGCGCCACUCCUCCCCCAGCCAACGCUCCUCAUCUCCUCCCCCGCCGGCGUAUCUUCUUUCCCGGCCGGACAUGGCCCCUCCUUCCCUCGUCGUCGGCGGAGGACCCCAAGGCGGGUCUCGGUGGCGGGCGCAGAUCGACGCUAGCGUAGCCGGCGCGGAUCGAGGGACGACGUGACCCAGGCAUGGGGAGGCGGGCAUCGGACAUGGAGCGGGGCACCGGCGUCAGACUUGGAAUGGGGCGGCGGGCGCCGGACGUGGAGCUGGGCGGCGGGUGCUGGACAUGGAGCAGGCGGCGGGUGCUGGACAUGGACGGGGAUUUUGGUGGGGGGGGGGGGGGGGGGCUGGACAUGGAGCGGGGCGCCAGCGUCGAACUUGGAACGAGGUGGUCGGCGCCGGACAUGGAGCGGGACGAGGAGAUCGUGGGUGAGUGCGCGCGCGGAGCAACGACAGAGAAGCCUCUCGCUCCACAGCGUGGCUGCGGCGCUCUCUCCCUGCCCCACGCACCCUCGAUUUCACCGAAGAACUCGUGACCUUCUUUGGACGCGAGGACUUUAGGUUGGUGGGCCCAAACACGAUGUGGCAUAGAUUCCUACUGCUUUGCCGAUGUGGAUCGAUUGGGCUGAAUGCCAACGCAUUGCACUGUGAAUGCUUGUUGCUAGUGUCCACUAUGGCGGUACUAUUGCAGUUGCAUAAUUUGCAUUCCUCCGCUACGUGGCUAUCAUGUCCGCGAAGCUUGUUUACAAGGAUAAUCUAGUGCUCGAUGUCUCUCAUCACCUGACAUAAAAAGAACAGUACAUACUAGUUCGGAUCCUGA